GCUAAAAUCGACAUCGAAGAGGUUAACGUUUAUUUAAACUGUAUCUUUUAUUAUGUUUGCUGGAUUUAUUUGAAGUCAUUGGUCAAAUAUAUUUGCUUAAAAUGACUGAGUUCUGAACUAAACUUGAAUUCCCGCGUGUGCCUGUGAUCUGCUGUACAGACGGACAUCCGCCUCUACAAGUUCUCUGGUCUCACUCCGAGCAGUGGCCAUAGAUGAACAGGUACUAUACGGCGGUUACUGAAACUAGACGAUGAUGUACUGUUUCCUCCAUACGUCCAAUCCUGGCGUUUUAUUUUGGGGACACAAACCUAAAAAUAUCGAUGUGUAGUGUUUUAUUAUUUAUAGCAGUUUUAACAUUAGUUUCCUGUGGCGUGUGAAUUUGCACUGUAGCUAAUUUCUCUGGAACUACUUUUUCUUCCGCUGCUUCGUCCCGCUCCAUUUACACAGACGGUUCUCACAUAAAUGUACAAGCACAAAGAAAGAGAAGCAAGAUUUGAAGUCUUUUUUUCGUGAUUUUAUUCUUAGCAACAACACUGCUAAGGAUAUUGGUGAUUAAAAAUAUGCUCCCGAUACCAACUAGACUGUAGAAAUGAACAUGUCUCUUUAACGACACGCAUCUGUAUUGGUAUUAGCCCUGGUGCCAGAUAGAAAACAAAAUGGUAUUGUCUCCUAAUGUCCUGUUUGAGCCGAUAAUCUCACAUGUUGUCACUUUCAGUAGGAAGCGCUGCUAUAUUUGUCGUAGGUGUAUUUUUUUAUCGUUGGAGGCAGCAUCAUUUCUAAAUGAUCUUCAACGCAGCCUCUCAUUUAAAGAGAACUCCAUAGAACCAGAAAAGACUUUUAUUUUGACGGUGUCGAGGCACAGCGCACCGGAUGUACACAAACUACACGGUCCUAAUCCAAUUAAACGAAACUGUGUAGAUGUUUCUGUAAUUGUGUGCCUUUUUGGUAUUUAACUUGUAUAAAUUGCUAGAUAUCUAGAGACUUGUUUCUUUCUUGAAUGAGAUGUGGUAGUCGGUUCAGCAAGGCUUUCUGGGGUGGUCUGCUCAAACAUGCUGGGCUCAGACAGUCCUGCCAAACUGGACGUGCGGAUAAUUGUGCGAUUUGCUGCUUUCACACGAGUGUCAUCACUGUUCUUACAGGCUGUUCUAAAUGCAGCUAUUCCUGAUCACAUAGCAGAUGCCUUCAGUCCUCCCCGGGCAGAGGAGCCGUUACUCCUAGACUAUGGCGUGGAACUGCUGCUUGGUGGCCUAGGCCGCUGGGAUGCAGAACAUUUCCUCUUCAUCGCAGAGCGAGGAUACUUGUAUGAACACAACUUUGCUUUCUUUCCGCUCUUUCCCCUUGUGAUUCGUUUGGUAGCAGCUACUUUGCUGUGGCCUCUGAGUCCCUUUCUCACAGUUCGUGGACGUUUACUUUUAGCAGUGGCCUUAGUUAAUAGCACACUCUUUGUGCUGAGCGCAGUGGCGCUUCGUGGACUAAGUCAUGUAGUUCUACAGGACAGAAAGCUUGCCCUUGUCUCAGGUCUUAUCUACUGCAUUACACCUGCCAGUGUCUUUAUGUUAGCAGGCUAUUCAGAAACCCUCUUUGCAGCUCUUACAUUUGGAGGGCUGUGGUUAUUGGAGAGCGGAUUCAUGUUCGGAGCAUGUCUUCUUCUAGGUUUAGCCACUUUUACUCGUGCUAAUGGACUGGUUAAUGCUGGAUUCUUGUUGUACCUGCCACUGCAGCGGACCCUUGCUGAGGCCCAGGUCCUUGGCAAAGGAUCUACAUGGCACAGGAGAUAUCGUCAGUACACCUUCCUAGCGCUCAGAUUUUUGCUUACAUCAGCGCUUUGUGUUGCAGUAGUUGUGCUACCAUUUUGUCUGUUCCAGUUUUAUGGUUACUACACAUUCUGCACACCUUCUGUGACUCAGGAGCAGGUUUCUCCUGUGCUUCUUAAAUUGGCCAAGGAGAAAGGAUACAGAGUUCCUGACGAAGCAGCACCCAUUCCAAGCUGGUGCUUGAAGCCCAUUCCAGUGCUCUACUCUUACAUUCAAGAUGUUUACUGGGACAUCGGAUUCCUCCGCUAUUUUCAGUUAAAGCAGAUACCGAACUUCCUGCUGGCACUGCCAAUUGCUACGCUGAGUGUAAUUGCAUCGUACGUAUACAUAAAAGCCAAUCCACGUUUUUGUUUGCGUCUCGGUCUGGGGCAGAGGGGAAUGAAAGAAAAAGAAGAAAAGCCACCAACAGACUUUUGCAACUCUAAGGUUUUCGUCUACAUUGCUCAUUGCUCUUGCUUACUUGCAUUUGGCACAUUCUGCAUGCAUGUUCAGGUGCUGACCCGUUUCCUAGCCUCCUCUUCACCUGUGAUCUACUGGAUCAGCAGCCACCUUCUCUCAUCUGAACCCUUAUUACGAGAGACCAAAGACUUUUCUUAUGGCCAGCGACUGGACAACUUCAAACAAGACUUUGCUCAUUUUUUCUUAAUGUACAUUAACAAUCCUGUCACUCAGCUGCUGAUGCACUGGAGGACUUGCUCUUCUUCCACCCGCUGCAUCCUGGGAUACUUCCUGUCCUUCUGGCUGAUAGGUCUGGCUCUGCACUGCAACUUCCUACCUUGGACUUAAUGUUCAGGAUUCAACUGGACACAAAACGUGCCUAGAGUUUCUUUGGACUGUUUUUCAGUGUUGGGUGGAUGGUCAUGAGGAAUUAUGACAGAGCAAACUGCAAAUAUCCUUGUCAUUAUUGCUUUGGCUGCUUGAAAACAUCCCUUUUUGAUGAAGAACUGCUUGAAUUAAAGAAUUUGUCAUGUUUGACAAUCUCUCUAUAUGUUGUACUUUUAACAGAAAUUAGAAAGUAAGAUUGAGAUUAAAAAAAUAAAAUAAAGCUAGUUAGCGUGGUAAAUGUUAGCCCAUUGUCCCCAGAUGACAAUUUCAGCAGUUUUGUUUGAUUUAUUAAGCACAGUGCUGGUGGAAAAAAACGAUUGUCAAAAAUUUCUUGAAACUGAUUUCAAAUGUGUGCCAAAAGAGCCAAAUCGUAAAUCAUUGUAAAGCUUGUUUCUUGUGGUGAUCACUGUAUUCUGUAGGCCUGGAUAAGUGAUCGUGCUGAACCAGAGAAAAUCUGCAGCUGUCGAUGGUAACGUGACGUUGUGGCGCCAUCUCGUGGUACUAAAAUGUUGUGCGCACAGUCGCCAGACUUUGGAGGAGAAGAACGUCUUCGAGGGCCACGGUCUUCGGGGUAACUGCGUGAGCAGCUGCAUGUCGGCAUUCAUGACAGCCGAGUAGAAUUAGAGUGAAAACAACUCGCGUCACUGACGGUGAGAAAGACGAAGCGAUGCGAAGGAGCUUGUUCACCCGACUGAUCCCGUUCAUAUGAUUAACCUGCUGGGGUUGAAAAACAACAUUAGAACUAUUAGGAUUAAAACCUGAUGUAUUUUCUUUCUAAUAGGACUUGCUUGGUGGCUAACAUUACCGCCCACUAGUUUCUUGUAGAUCCCAUUAGAUCCCGUCUUAAACCAUUAGUCCUUUACACUAAUGAUUUCUGGGACUUUUCUCGGAUUAAAGUGGGAAGUAGAUUUGUUUCUGAAAAUUCGGGAGUCCUGAUGCUGUGUCACAGUUGAAGGAACUCCACCCAUGAUACAUACGAAAAUGAAAUCAUUAAAAAUUAAGUCAUUUUUAUUAGGACAAAGUUAGGAAAUACCAAUGUUAAAACUCUUGAGAGGAGUAGACAAGUAACCUUUUGUCUAUGAAUAAAUAAAAAAAACAAAGAACUAAUACUAAUGUGUGGGUUAAAGUGGCGUGCAAAUCUUUCUUUUUUUUGCCUUUUUUUUAACUUCGAGUUUUUGAAACAUUCACAAGAUAGUUUUCUCUUAAUGUGAGUGACAAACUGUGUGUGUAGAACCUGAAACACGGGGCAGUGGUGAGGUGGGGAGGUGGGAGGACACUUCUAACCACUUGUUACAAUACAAAGCCCGUCUUCGGCCACAACUACUCCAGUGAAGGCAACUACACACUAACAACAGAACAGUAUAAACAACAAAUGUCUCUCUUUAUGCUAGGAGAGUGGUGUAGUGGUCCUCAGCAGUGCGCUCUGUGGCAGAUACCACAAUAUAUAUUAUUUAGAUUUUAAAUAUGUAAUACCUAUUUUAGAGAUUAAAGAUAUUUUAAGAUGUUUAACCACAAAACCAGAAAUAAGAUGUGGAAAAAUUGUACGCUGCUUCACUUUUGGUCUUCUGUUAAUUACACCUGUACAUUGUUAUAUAAUUAUGCUAAUAAACCUCAGAUGAUAUUUUC